UUUUUUUAACAAAGUCGAUCUUGCUCCAUUCCAUUGGAUCCUCCAGUUUCCUCCGUUGCUGGUGUGUCCCAUUGCAGUUCGGAUCGUGUUGCCCAGGAUGUUGAACUCGGAUCAGACUGAACUGGACCUGAAUCCCAGCUCCUCGGAAAGCGAAUCCGUGCUGUCCGAUGCCCGGGGAGGCUGUGUGCGGGACAAGCCAGAUGAGGCCGAGGGCAAGCGGGGAGUCCAGCAGACACUGAGCCGGGAAGAGAAGCGCCGCCGGCGGCGAGCCACUGCCAAGUACCGCACGGCUCACGCAACCCGGGAGCGCAUCAGGGUGGAGGCCUUUAAUGUGGCGUUCGCAGAACUUCGCAAACUGCUGCCAACUCUGCCUCCUGAUAAAAAGCUCUCCAAGAUUGAGAUCCUCCGCUUGGCCAUCUGUUACAUCUCCUACCUGAACCAUGUCCUUGAUGUCUAG